CAGCUGCUACUUGACCAUGGUGCCGAUGUACAGGUUACUACAGGGCCUGCCAACAUGACCGCCUUGCAUUGGGCGGCUGCUAAGGGCAUGGUUCAUGCUGUUGAUUUCCUUAUCGACAAGGGAUUGGAUAUCGACAGGAGAUGCAAAAGGGGAAAAACUGCUCUUGUUCUUGCAGCAGAAAACGGACACACGACGGUUGUCAAACUACUUCUUGCAAAGGGUGCAGAUCUCCAUGCACGCAGUGGGAAUGGCGGCACUGCGUUGGCGUGGGCUGCGAGCUGUGGACAUGUAGAAACUGCAAGAUACUUGAUAGAAGAGGGUAGC